AUGUCAUUGAAAUUUGCAGCAAAUUUGAAUUUCCUCUUCACAGAGGCUCGCACAAUUGCCGAAAGAAUUGUCCUGGCUCACAAAGCAGGAUUUCGUGCAGUGGAAAUACCUUACCCCAAAUCAGAAGAAGAAGCUGUCGUCAAGGCAAAACAAGAGACCGGCAUACAUGUCUCUCUGGUGAACAUUGCAUUGGGCAGCAAUGAAUUGCAGUUGGGUGCAACAAGCAUUCCCGGCGCUGAAAAACACUUCCAAGAGCAUUUAAACGAAACCAUACAGUUGGCCAAACAAUUGCAAUGCACUAAAAUACAUUUAAUGUCGGGAUUGGUGGGCAACCAUUCCCGUGAAGAGCAUUUACAUACGUACAUUGCGAAUCUAAAAUAUGCAGCCAAUUUGUUGGCUCAAGAAAACAUGGUGGGUGUCAUAGAACCAAUCAACAAAUAUUCCGUACCAUCGUAUUUUAUGAAUUGCUACGAUUUAGCAGUGAACGUUCUGAAUGAAGUGAAAAGUGACAAUUUGAAAAUGUUAAUGGAUAUCUUCCAUCGUCAAUUGAUUAGGGGUGAUUUGGCUAAUGGUUUCACUGAACUUGCUAAAUAUAUCGGACAUAUACAAAUUGCCCAAGUGCCACAUCGUCAUGAACCCGACCAAGAUGGUGAAUUGGAUUAUCGUUAUGUUUUUAAAUUGAUUGAAAGGCUGGGCUAUGAUGAUUGGAUUGGUUGUGAAUAUAAACCGAAAACAAAUGCCGCGGAUGGUCUUAAAUGGUUAUCCAAAUAUAGUUUACAUCUUUAA